AUGCGGGCGGCGGCGGGGGGCGCGCGGGCGGCCGCGCUGGCGCUGCUGCUGGGGGCGCUUCACGGGGCGCCGGCGCGCGGCGAGGAGAACGACUACUACGGCUGGCAGGCCGAGCCGCUGCACGGGCGCUCGUACUCCAAGCCGCCGCAGUGCCUCGACAUCCCCGCCGACCUGCCGCUCUGCCACACCGUGGGCUACAAGCGCAUGCGGCUGCCCAACCUGCUGGAGCACGAGAGCCUGGCCGAGGUGAAGCAGCAGGCGAGCAGCUGGCUGCCGCUGCUGGCCAAGCGCUGCCACUCGGACACGCAGGUCUUCCUCUGCUCGCUCUUCGCGCCCGUCUGCCUCGACCGGCCCAUCUACCCGUGCCGCUCGCUGUGCGAGGCCGUGCGCGCCGGCUGCGCGCCGCUCAUGGAGGCCUACGGCUUCCCCUGGCCCGAGAUGCUGCACUGCCACAAGUUCCCCCUGGACAACGACCUCUGCAUCGCUGUGCAGUUCGGACACCUGCCUGCCACCGCGCCUCCAGUGACCAAGAUCUGUGCCCAGUGUGAAAUGGAGCACAGUGCCGACGGCCUCAUGGAACAGAUGUGUUCCAGCGACUUCGUGGUUAAAAUGCGCAUCAAGGAGAUCAAGAUAGAAAAUGGGGACCGGAAGCUGAUUGGAGCCCAGAAAAAAAAGAAGCUGCUCAAGCCAGGCCCACUGAAGCGCAAGGACACCAAGAGGCUGGUGCUGCACAUGAAGAAUGGUGCCAGCUGCCCCUGUCCACAGCUGGACAGCCUGGCCGGCAGCUUCCUGGUCAUGGGCCGCAAGGUGGACGGACAGCUGCUGCUGAUGGCCGUCUACCGCUGGGACAAGAAGAAUAAGGAGAUGAAAUUCGCAGUCAAGUUCAUGUUCUCCUACCCCUGCUCCCUCUACUACCCCUUCUUCUAUGGGGCUGCUGAACCCCACUGAAGGACGCUCCUCCCUGCCCCAUCCAGCCAGCUGUGCCUUGCUCUCUGUCCCCACCCCUGGGGCAUUCUCUCUCUUCCUGCCCAUCUGGCCUCACCUCUAUUCCCAGGCUGACCCAGCCCUGACAGAGAGCGGUUCCAUGCAGAGCAGAGCUCUUACCAGCACAGGCCCUAAGGAAUGGGCAUGGUACCCAAGCUGUCCUUGACUGAGGGGUUCUGGAGUCCCUGGGGACUUCUCUUAGGAGCAGAGCUUUCUCAUUUGAAAGCUCAGGGUUUCAGAAAGGAGGUGGUGG